CACUUCUACUUGAAUUCAGGAAGAUACUACAACUCAAAAAACUUAAAGGACAUAGUUAAAGCCCGUUUUAAUUUUGUUCCAAAGUUAGUGGGAACACGCACUGAUCUCGCCAUGAAAAACGCGUUAAAUAUAUUUACCAAAGAAAAAGGAGACAGGCCUGACGCUAAGAAUGUCUUGUUCGUCUUUACUGAUGGAGCACCAUUCAUUGGCGAAUGGGAUAAGAGAAAACGGACUCCUUUUGGACCAUCAACAAAUGCUCUGGAGGCCAGAGGUGUGAGCAUAGUUGUUAUUGGAGUUGGUAAGGACUUAUACAAAAGAAAAGAACAAAUGAAAUGGAUAGCUGGCAAAAAGGGAAAAGUUCUUCUGUAUGGCAGCUUCGACGCACUCAUCAGAAGUCUGAACCAGAUCCUGCAAGCUACGUGCCCGGUUGACGGGGGAUACACAGAUUGGUCUGAGUCGAAGUGCAGUGUGACGUGCGGAGGAGGAGUGAAGAUACUUACAAGAACCUGCACAAAUCCCCCGCCAUCUAACGGUGGAAAGGACUGCAGGUUGCUUGGGCUAGCAAAAAAGACAGUUCCAUGUAACGAACAGAAAUGUCCUGUUGACGGGGGAUACACAGAUUGGUCUGAGUCGAAGUGCAGUGUGACGUGUGGCGGAGGAGUGAAGACGCUUACAAGAACCUGCACAAAUCCCCCGCCAUCUAACGGUGGAAAGGACUGCAGUUUGCUUGGGCCAGCAAAAAAGACAGUUCCAUGUAACGAACAAAAGUGCCCUCCUCCAUGUACAGCAGGACUCGACGUUGGAAUUGUUCUCGACAAAUCCAAGAGUAUAAGGAUACCCAAUCUCAAACAAGUCAUCGAGUUCUUAGGUAACCUCGUUAAAAACUUCAACCCUACACCUGACGCUGAUCACUUCGGUUUUAUCACGUUUAGCGGAAAGGCCCGAAUGGUGUUUAAAUUUGCUGACCCACAAUUUCACGAGAAGGAUGCGCUCUUGAAGAAAGUAUCAGAGGAACCAAUUCAACUGAAAUUUAAGACUCGAACAGAUCUGGCUUUGAAAAUGGCGGACGACGAGUUGUUUACCGAAGCAGGAGGAGACAGGCCAGACAAACCAAAUGUCAUGAUUGUACUCACAGAUGGAAAGCCAAAUCAUCCAAAAAAAGACUUUGAUUUCAAGGCAUUUGCUAAAGAUAUAUCGGAAGAUUUCAAGGCAAAAGACGUCAGCGUUGUUGCUGUCGGGAUUGGUUCAGAUAUAAGGGAGGGAACCUUGCAGGAAAUUGCAGGUGAAGGUAACCCAGUGGUGCAAGAAGACGACUUCAGUAUGCUGGUCGAAAUGUUGAACAAAAUCAAAGGAUCGGCCUGUUCCGGCUAAAGACGUUUGACAAGCAGAACAUGACGCCCAUCAAGAGGGGUAUAAUGGUGCAGGGCUAUUGUAGUUUUACUUUCAAGACAUUCUUUAUCUGCAGAUGAUAUUGAUGAUACUCACAGAUGGAUAAAUAA